AUGAAUAUUUCAAUAGAAAAGAAAAAAUCUGAUUGUGAUGCUUUGCCGAAAGGUUGGCAAAGAGAAGAAGUUGUGAGAAAAACCGGGCUCUCGGCUGGAAAAGUUGAUGUUUAUUACUAUAGUCCAACAGGUAAAAAGUGUCGCAGUAAAUCCGAGCUAGUACGUUAUCUUGGUGAUAGUGUGAACUUGUCAUAUUUUGACUAUCAGCAAGGUCAACUAAACACAAUGCUCCUAUGCAAGGUCAAGAAGCAAGCUCGGGCGCAGUAUGAAUACAACAGGGGUUUUCGUUCUGAUGCCUCACUUGUGCCUCCUAUAAGACAAACUGCGUCUAUAUUUAAGCAACCAGUAACUGUCUACAAAACACAGGAAAGCAAAGUCAAGACAGAUCUGAAACAAGGGACACAAGAAAAACCUAAGCAAUUAUUCUGGGAAAAACGUCUCGAAGGUUUAACUGCAUGUGAUGCCAAUGGUGUAAUAGGAACCACCUCACUGCCAAAGUACAUAAAACCCUUAGGUCCAUACACAUCAGAUGCAACAACUAUACAAUCACUCGCUACGGCUUUACAUGUGUCAUCUCAACCAAUUACAGGUCAGACGGGAUCCAAACAAACAAUCAUGGAGAAUCCAGGGGUUUUUUUAAAUCCGGAGCAGCCGUUGAUAGCUGCUGUGACUAUAACGAAGGAUGAUCUGCGUCGCCAGGAGGAGAGAGUUGAGAGGGCUCGGCUGAGACUGCAAGAAGCCUUGGCAACUGCAUAG